CCAAGAAAAGAAACUAGAGCUGCGUUUUUUCGCACAUAAAAAUCAAUCGGAAAUAAAUAAAACUUGAAACAUUUUAAUAGCUAUAUAUGCAAAAGCCGAACAGCAACAAAAGUUGUUGUUGCUGCUGCUGCGCUGCCGCCGUGCGAUCGAUCCUUGUUGGCUACGGGUCUUGCAUGCGUGCCCGUGCUCUGGCGGCCAACUAAAUAAUGUGGAACAUGAUGUGCGACGUGAUGCCCACAAUAUCAGAAGACAGCAUAUCGCAGCGUUCGUCGCAAUUCAGCGGCGAGGAUGCCAACUUUGAGCAACUUAUGGUGUCCAUGCUCGAUGAGCGGGACAAGCUUAUGGAUAGUCUGCGGGAGGCGCAGGAGCGACUGGGCGAAACGGAGGUCAAGCUGCACGAUGUCGAAAAAGAGCGCGACAGUCUACACCGUCAGAUCAACGCCAACUUGCCACAGGAGUUUGCCACGCUGACCAAGGAACUCACGCAAGCGCGAGAAACGCUGCUGGAACGUGAUGAGGAGAUUGGGGAGCUGAAGGCGGAACGCAACAAUACGCGGCUACUACUGGAGCAUCUGGAGUGCCUGGUGUCCAGGCAUGAGCGCUCCCUGCGCAUGACCGUCGUUAAGCGGCAGGCAGCCGCACAGAGUGGCGUCUCCAGCGAGGUGGAGGUGCUUAAAGCACUCAAAUCUCUGUUCGAACACCACAAAGCGCUGGACGAGAAAGUACGCGAGCGACUGCGUCUGUCCAUUGAAAAGAACAAUGUGCUUGAGGAAGAGCUGAACACAACCAAAGAGGAGCUAUCCCAAUACAAAACGGGCGCUUUGUCAGGCAACGGCGGUGUUGGCUCUGCUGGCAUUGUCAGCGGUGAAAAUGGCAUUAAAGAAAAGCUGUCAAGCGGUGGCGGCGGGGGCGGUGUCAAUGGCGAUGCCACUGAAUUAAACGAAUAUGCGGCCAAAACGCACGAGCUGCAAACGAUCAUCGAGAAGCAGACCUCAGAGCUUUCGCAAUGGCAGCGUCGCGUCUCUGAUCUAAACAACAAAAUUAAUGAGCUGGAGGAGAAUAUGUCGCGUGUGCAAAAGGACCAUUGCAAGGCGCAGGAUCAAUGCUCAAAGUUGCAACGUGAUCUGCGCGAAAAUGUGGCACAAAAGGAAGAUCAGGAGGAGCGUAUUACUACGCUGGAAAAGCGUUACUUGAAUGCCCAACGGGAGUCCACUUCGUUGCAUGAUCUUAACGAGAAACUGGAGCAGGAACUGCGUCACAAGGAGGCGCAGCUAAAGCUGCACGAAGAGAAAAUCAGCGCGAUUGAAGAGAAACUCGAACUCUCUGAGCAAAAACUAGCGCAACAUGCCAAACUGCAGCCGGAUAUGGAGGAGCAGCUAAAGGCGCGCAUGGAGGCGUUGACAAAGGUAGGAAAUAAGGCUCAAGAACGUCAUGGUUCGGCGGAGGAUCGCAUACGGGGCCUGGAAACGAAUUUGGAUGAGAAGAGCGCCGAGGUUGUAAGACUGAACCAGCGACUCAAGAUGAAUGAGGAGCAUAACUUACGCCUCUCCUCGACGGUGGACAAACUGCUCUCCGAGUCGAAUGAGCGACUGGAGGUGCAUCUAAAGGAGCGCAUGCGUGCGCUCGAUGAGAAGAAUGCCCUGACGCAGGAGUUGGAAAAGGCGCGCAAGGUGGCCGAGGAGCUGCAUCACGAGAAGAGCGAAAUCAUGAAGGAGCUGUCCAAGACGCGCCUGGAAAUCGAGAAUUUCAAGCGUCAGCUGCUGCAGCAAGAGAUUGCCUACAAUAUACAGCAAACGGAGGCACUCACCCGCAGCCUUUCGCCCAGCAGUGUGGUGGAUGGAAGCGGCGCCUUCACGCGCAGUGCAUCUCACGCCAGUUUCGAGACGCACUCGUUGCGGCGCCAGAGUAAAUCCCGUUUGUCCGAGGAGAAUGCCCUGGCCCGAUCGAUGGCCGAGCAGGAGUGGGAGAAGCUUCAGAUGCAGCAGGUGGCGCAUGCCCAACAGCAGGCCUAUGAAUUGGUUGCCAGCGUUGCCGAUUGCGAUGAUGGCGAUGCGUUGUAUGCAGCCGCAACGGCUGAUAUGAUGUCGCCAUCGGGACAUACGGAUGCACAGACGCUGGCCAUGAUGCUGCAGGAGCAGCUGGAUGCCAUCAAUAAUGAGAUACGUCUCAUCCAGGAGGAGAAACAAUCGACAGAGGCACGGGCCGAGGAGCUGGAAUCGCGUGUUGGCAGUCUGGAGCAUGUGAAUCUAUUGGUCCGCGGCCGUUCCAUGGACAGGCAAAGUCCACCUAUGAGCGGACGCAGUACGCCAAACAGUCCACAGCGCGAUUUCAUGCAGAAAUAUCAUACGCUUAACUUGCCCGUGCUGUCCAGUGAUGCGUCGCGCGAGGAGCUGCACGGUGGCAUGUCCACCACCGGUGAUUCCAGUUCUGGCGGCGCUGCUUCCCCAUUGACUGCACGCUCGAUGCGCUUGGAGCGCGUCGCCCAGGCGCUCGCCCACAGCCAGGAGGAGCUGCGUCGCCGCACCAUGGCGCCAGCUGCCCCUCCCAAUCUCAACUCUCACAUGGCGCUAAGCAGUCACAAUUAUGGCCUGUCGCCACUUAGCUCCCGCUAUGGCAGCCAGGAGUCGCUGCGUCACUACAAUACCAUGGGAUCCAUGUCCAUGCUGCAGACACCCACGUCAGGCGUAUCGCGGGAAGCAGCAGCCGCUGCAGCUGUUCAAAAGAAGAAGGGUAUCAAGUCUUCGCUGGGUCGUUUUUUUAGCAAAAAGGAAAAGGUCAAGGGUGUGAAGGAUACACUGCCAGAUGGCUCGCCAAGUAUGAUGUCCAUUGGCAAUUUGUCGAUUGGGUUAAGCGAAGUGGACUCCAAUUAUGAUGCUAUGAGCAUGACGGGUGGCAUGAUGCCUCGGAUUGCCAGCGCUCAGGGCUCCAAAAUCAGCAGUGUUGACUAUGGCAGGCAAAAGAAAGAACACGAUUAUCGCAAUGAUUUGCUUGGAGAGGCAAUGAAAGCGGGCACGCCAUUCGCCCUGUGGAACGGACCCACCAUUGUCGCCUGGCUGGAACUGUGGGUGGGCAUGCCCGCUUGGUAUGUGGCCGCCUGUCGUGCCAACGUCAAGUCUGGCGCCAUAAUGAGCGCUUUAAGCGAUACAGAAAUACAGCGGGAAAUUGGCAUUAGUAAUCCGCUGCACAGACUUAAGCUACGCCUGGCCAUACAGGAAAUGGUUUCACUAACUUCACCCUCAGCGCCACAAACAUCACGCACCACGUUGGCGUUUGGGGACAUGAAUCACGAGUGGAUUGGCAACUAUUGGUUGCCGGGCCUGGGACUGCCGCAAUAUCGCACAACCUUCAUGGAGUGUCUAGUCGAUGCACGCAUGCUGGAUCAUUUGACCAAGAAGGAUUUGCGAGGCCAAUUGAAAAUGGUUGACAGCUUUCAUCGCACCAGUUUGCAGUAUGGCAUCUCAAUGCUAAAACGCUUGAACUAUGAUCGCGCCGAGCUGGAGCACAGGCGUAAGAUGAGCGAGAAUGGUCUAUGCGAUGUGCUCGUGUGGAGCAAUGAGCGUGUCAUACGCUGGGUCAGCAGCAUAGGCUUGAAGGAAUAUGCCAAUAACUUGCUGGAGUCUGGUGUGCAUGGCGCAUUGAUGGCGCUGGAUGAGGGAUUCGAUGCCAAUGCUAUGGGUCUGGCACUGCAAAUACCCACGCAGAAUGCACAGGCACGCCAAAUACUCGAUACGGAGUUUAGAAACUUGCUGCAGAUUGCCACAGAUCGGCGGCCGGACAGCGAACAGCGUAGCGCAUCUUGAUGCAGCUAUAGUCCGCCCACAACAUCGGUGGAUGAGUAAAUCAAUCUAAAAACAAUACAAAUAUGAAUGAUAACUAAAUGGGUCAGCACAGCGACAAUUUUCCUAGGCGCCGUCGUAGGACAACAACUAUAUUUGGAGAAAAUACAUGAAUGAAGCAAAGAAUGUUACAGAAAAAAAAACCAGACAAACUAAGCCACAAAAUUCUAACAAGAAAGACGCAACGCAAGAGACUCCCAGGCUCAGAGAAUACUGACUGGGCCCCCGCCCUCGCCCCAGCAUGAUAAACGUCUAAUCUAUUUAUAUAAAGACAUAUAGAUACACACAAACAAACGUACACACCCACACAGACACAUAGAAAACACACAAAAACACAAGCUCAUAGUCAUAUAAUCCAUAACAAGACAAUGUAUACAAGACAUAGCACAUACUCAAUAUAGGAAAUAUAUAUAAUAUACAUACAUACAAAUCGUGUAUGUAAGAAUGUAAUUUGCAUGAGCGCCCUGCCGCUGUAGGCAUGUACAAGUUUUAGAUGCUAAUCAUUUUGUAACCGUUUACUUUUUUUUAUUAAUUAUUAAUAUUAACAUUAAUAUUUUUUUAACAAAGUGACAUAUAAUUUAAUAUUGUAGUUGUAAUUGUAAUUGGGCUUGCAAUAGACUAACAGUAUUUUGUUAUAGAUGGACAGAAUGGACACAGAGACAGAGAUGCGUGCUUUGAACCAAAUUUGUAACCAAACUUGAUUGUUAUAUAAUUUUUUAAUGACAUUAUGUACAGUUUAAUUUUGUUUAUAUAUUACGCUUUACAUAUGACAUUAUGGCAUGUGUUUUUUUUUUUUUUGUUUAUUAAUAUUUUUACUACUGGUAGUUGUAAUGCAAGGCGCUCCGAUUUAGUUUAUUUCAACUGAAGAACAACAGCAACAUGCACAACAAUCAGGCAUAUAUAGCAAACAACUGCAUAUAUACAUACAUAUAUAUAUAUAUAUAUAUAUACGCCUAGUUUAAUAUACACACAUAUAAAGCUCACUUAUACAUUAAAUAUAUAAAUAUAUAUAUAGAUAUGUAUAAUUAACAUUAUCAAGCAUACGUGUAACUAACAUGAAAGUAUUAUAGAUCGAAGUGAAAUGAAAUUAAUGAAUGAAGAUAAAACAAAAGUCGCAAGCGCCCAUUUAUCAACUAUUUACAUAUGG